UGCUGACUUUAUACAGAAAGACUUUGACUAUUACUGAGACCCGGUUUGUAGCAGACUCAAUAAACGAAGUCACGGGUGGAAAAGAAAACCAAGUUGGCUUGUUUCUUCUCAUGGCAUCUGACACAACUGUGGCUGAGCUAGCUGAGAGGAAGUCAGCGCUUCCCUCUUUUCAAAGAAGCUGUCUGUUCCAGUUGGCGUGAAUACCAUGGCUGAAGUUACUUCUAAACCUGAGGCUGAACCUGAGGAAUGUGGAGGGGAGGAGGAGGUGACCGAGACAGUGGUGAUGGAGGACAGUGAAGCCAGAGUGGUAUGUCCAAAGGAGAGGAAAAUGGUGAUAGAAGAGAAGAAAGUGGAAACCAGAGAAGCGGGGGAGUCACGACCCACACAAUCCUCCUCUGGCCUUUGGUGGCACAGUUUGGCUUUGAGUGGCCCUGAAGUUGUUAGAGCUAAAACCCCUCCCCCAGUUGGAGCCCCUCUAUUCCAGGAAUGGUGGGGAAGGAGGUGGAUGGAAGAAGAUGACCAGGACUGGAAUUAUUUUACUGGAAUUGGGACUAAUUGUAUGGAAGCGCUUAGGGAACGGUUUGGGGAGGCCAGUUUUCGUGAUGCAUCAUCAUGGCAACCAUGGGUGAUGGGUAUGGACUCUUCAGAAACAUGGAGGCCAGUAGGUAGUGCGAGAACUGAUUCAAGGUUCCACCUGGCCAGCCCCAAAUUUAGACAGGAACAGGAGACUAGGAGGUCUAAGUCUUCGGAACAACAUCCUGUUGGUCAGGGGGAGUAGGACCACAAUAUACCUCCAGCACUGGGGGGGAAGGUACAGCCACCAUGUCCCUGCCUACCACCACGUCCCUACCUACCACAUCCCUACCUACAAGGAAACAAAUGGAAUCAGCCUAUGAGACUGCUGGUAGCAAGGAAAUGCCCAGGGGUUAUGGCCAAGCACCAUGGUGGGCUAUGGGGCAGUGGCCACACCCACGUCCUGUUUGGGGCCCUCCACCCAUUCAAGCCUCGUUUGAUGGAACUUCAGAUCGAGUAGCAUUAUUUCUAAACCAAGUCAUAAGCCACUUUGAUUUAUCCCUCGCAAUGGACGAUGGUAGUCGCAGUCACAACGGUAUUGCAGGGGGAGGCAGUAGAUUGGAUGGCUAGUCUUCACAGUGCCCAUGCUAGGGAAUUGACUGAUUUAGGUAUGUUUUUGGAGGUGCUGAGGGGAAGGUUUGAGGAUGAAUCAAGCACCAAAAUAGCUGAAGGUGAGAUACUUUCCCUCAGGCAGAAGGGUAGGUUGGUAAAGGAAUACGUUAAAGAAUUUUGGAACCUGGCAGACCGAUUGAGAAUGUGGCCAGAGAAAUUGCUGGUCCACCAGUUUCAUAGGGGACUGGAUAGGGACGUACGCCAGGCUUGUAUAUACAGAGGAUUGCCUGCACGUCUGACUGUGUCGUGUCCCACUCCUCCGCUGACGGCCGGGUCAGGGAAAUCCAAAUCAGGCGUGCCUCUGCAGCUCUGCCAAAGUCCUCAAGGCAGGCAGGAGACCAGAAAGUGACUUCAGCAAGAUAAGGUAGACUUUGCCUGACUCAGAGAAUGCCAGAAAGCAGAUCCUUUAUAUAGGCCAUGGGGUGUGGCUCCAUGACUCAGCACUUAUCCAGGCCUGCCCCUCCCUUCCUUCUGUUGCCACCGCCUAUCAAUUCUCCUGAAGCGAGGAUCACUCCAGUCUGCAGCUGUUGGUAAUUGACCUUCCUCAGGCUCACAUGCUGUGGGGGAAGGGUCUAGUUGCUCCGUUUGCCUGGGCAUGGAGCCAGAGCUGGGGGCUGGAGGCACUUCUUCCUCCUCAGCCUGUCUGGGCAUGGAGCCAGGGCUGGGGCUGGGAGGCAUGCUAGGACAUUACUCAGCAUUCGGAAGCAGAUAAGAUGGGCCCGGCUGCGGGGAAAAAGGACGAGGCACAACAGACUGAUUGAUUUAGGGCUGCAAUAGAACUGGACAUUGGCUUAUGGGAAUUUAGUGGGGGGGAUAUGUUAGUGCAAUCACCCAAGUCAAAGGACCCCAGAAAGGACUACACCACGUGAUAGAGAAGCCAUUGCACCAUCUUCCUCACUGGUCGCUGUGGCUGCAUCUCAUUGACUGACUUUCUGGUGUUUCCAUUGCAAUAAGUUGGGCCAUCAUGUAGCGGAAUGCCCUUUGCCACCCCCUCAGACAUUGGGAGUUUCGACACCAAACACCGGAGUAAACCAGAGGGAACGGCUGUGGCCCAUUCCUGACCGGAUGAGAAUGGUAACACAGACCAUGCCCGAAACUUCAAGUGCUCCAGGGAAAGGUCCUGAGAGGUCAACUGUGGAUGGGGGUAGUGGACUUCUACCAGAGGUCGCAAAGGAUAUUGUUGAUGAUGAGUCCAAUGACCCCAUGUUGUAAUUUCUCCAGCCACUCUGCAGAAAUUCCUGAAUAUUUGGGAGGGCCCGACGUGGCUGCCAAAGCUGCCAAAGCUCCAGCUCAUCUUCUGAGAUUGGCUUUUUUCCCAGAAAAUAUUUUUUAUCAGCUUGUCUGCGAUGGUCCUGGGAUGAGAUGUCUGCCAGCUGUUCCUCAUCAGGUUCGUAUUCGUGCUCCGACAUCGUUAUGGGGAAAAAAAAUUUCAGUCCCCUCGGUUGUGAUCCGGGAUGACUGAUUUUGGGUGAGUUCCAGCUUAAUGUCAGCCUGCCCCAGAUCAGUGUUUGAGAAAAUAAAAACCCAACUUCAUCAUGUUGAAGAAUUUGGUAAUCUUUAUCAUACAAGUCUGGAUGCGGUGAAAGCAAAGCUGGAACUGGAAGUAAAUCAAAUCCCCAGAGUCAUAUUCUCUCCUGAACCCUCCCCCUACUAGAGGUCAUACAAUAAUAGUCCAAUGUCUUCUUUCUCCUCAGCCACGUGUAGUUUCACUUCCGAUAUUCUCCCUCUGUCAAUCUUCCGAAUGGAAUGUGGAAUCAGCAGCUGCCGUUACAUUCACAAUUCAAACCUCUGGUUUUGAAAAUGGCAUUUCCCCUCUCCCCCACAUACAAUGUCAGCCGACGCUGGGAACAGUGAAAACCUCCCCCCCCCUUCUCCAUAAAGCAUGUAAGACAAUCAGUAGAGCAAACUUUUAACAAGGUAAUAAAAUAGUCAGAUAAUCUAGUAGGAGAAAUACACUAAAUUAAAGUGGAGGCUGACACCGCCAUUUGCUUUCUUCUCUCCUAUCUUCGCAGCAAAUAUAUCCUCAGGGGCUUGCAGUCUUCUUACAAACAAGUGUUAAAACUCCAGUUUCUGCUCCGUCCACGUUACAGUCUAUCAUAAGUCAACUCCAGCCGUGGAAAUUGGACGCUUCAUUUGUCCGCCAUAAAGGCAGAAGCCUCGCCCAGCCAGGAGCUUAUCAGGCUAUGGAAGGAGAACUCCCCUUAAAAGCUUAUUAGGGUGUCUCAACUUCAAACCUGAAUGCUCAUCUUUCCUUCUUUGCCCGAAGGAGAGAAUUCCAAGCUGUCGGACCCAGAUUUACGAUGUCCUGACAGCUCUACUGACUAGGGAGUUAGCAGCUAAAUCAUAGCUGCUCUCCAUGAAGCGGAGCCAUACCGGAAGUCGACCGUGAGGUGCCUCUUAUGUGGGAUGCCGCAGGGGUCAGUUCUCUCGCCCCUCUUGUUCAACAUCUAUAUGAAGCCGCUGGGUGAGAUCAUCCAUGGUUUUGGGGUGAGGUGUCAUCUGUACACUGACGAAACGCAGCUGUACAUUUCCACCCCAAACCACCCCAGCGAAGCCGUUGAAGUGAUGUCCCGGUGCCUGGAGGCCGUAUGGGUCUGGAUGGGGAAAAACAGGCUCCAGCUCAACCCAGCCAAGACCGAGUGGCUGUGGAUGCCGGCAUCCCGGUACAAUCAGCUGAGGCCAUCGCUGACUGUGGGGGGCAAGUCUUUGGCCCCCACAGAGAAGGUUCGUAAUCUAGGCGUCCUUUUGGAUGCAUGGCUGUCAUUAGAAGAACAUAUGACAGCCGUCGCCAGAGGAGCUUUUUAUCUGGUUCGCCUGAUACGCCAGUUACGUCCCUUCUUGGACCGGGAUUCCCUAUGCACAGUCACUCACGCCCUCGUCACUUCCCGCCUGGAUUACUGCAAUGCUCUCUACAUGGGGCUCCCUUUGAAGAAUACCUGGAGGUUUCAACUAGUCCAGAAUGUGGCUGCGUGGGUGCUUGAGGGAGCGGCUCGAAGCUCCCAUAUAAAACCUAUCCUGCGCAGGCUGCACUGGCUUCCAGUUGCCUUCUGGGUGCAAAUCAAGGUGUUGGUUCUCACCUUUAAAGCGCUCCAUGGCUUAGGACCGGGUUACUUAUGGGAUCACCUGCUGUUACCGGUGGCCUCCCAUCGACCAGUGCGCUCCCACAGAGAGGGUCUCCUCAGGUUGCCGUCGGCCAGACAAUGUCGACUGGCGACCCCCAGUGGGAGGGCCUUCUCUGCGGGGGCUCCAGCCCUCUGGAAUGAGCUACCCCCAGGGAUACGCCAACUCCCUGACAUCCGGGCCUUCCGGUGUGAGUUGAAGACUCUUUUAUUUCAUCGUGUAGGACUGGCCUAAUAGUUUUUUAAUGGGGGCUUUUAAUAGUUUUUAGAAUUUUCAGCCUAUUUAAAUUGAUCUUUUAAAUUUGUUUUUAAUUUUUUAUAUUUGUUGUUCGUAGUUGGCAGUAAAUAGCCCUGAGUCCUUCGAAAGAAGGGCGGUAUAGAAACUGAAAUAAUAAAAUAAAUAAAAUAAAAUAAAUAAAAUAAUGUGUUUUUUUCCCCAGUCAAUUUUGUGAUGCAAAUUCCCUUGUUUGGCUUGUAAUUGUUGUAUCAACUUUUUGGCUUUUUCUUUUUUCAAUUUAUGGGUUAACCAUCUUCCUGGUUAAUUUGCUGUUUCAAAGUAAUUUUGUUUUGCCAGUUUUAUAUUCUGUGCCAUUUCCUCCUGUUGUAAUAUAUUAAUUUUAUGUUUCAUUAGAUCUCUUUCCUCUUUUCCCAUUCUGGGGUUCUUUCUGUAGGGCUAUUUCUAAUUUUUUGAAUUUCUCCAAUAUUGACGCUUGUUGUUCCCUUUUCUCUUUGUUUCUCUUCGCCACAUACACUAUAGUUAUUCCCCUCAUAUGUGCUUUGGUGGUGUCCCAUAAAUUCUGUGGUGUUAUAUAUUCUUUCCUAUUCUCCUUUAAAAAAUAUUUAAUUCCCUUUUUAUUGUUUGUGUAUAAGAUUUUUCUUUUAUAAUUCUUUGGUUUAAGGUCCAUCUCUUCUUUUUCUCCCUACUUUUCCAUUCUACUGUUAAGGGACUAUGGUCCGCCCAAGUAUUUGGCAAUUUAGGUCCUGUAUACUGCAUGAAUCAAGAAGAGGGCCAUGAAAAUAUUUACAGAUCCCUCACAUCCUGGACAUAAACUGUUUCAACUCCUACCCUCAAAAUGAGCACUGCACACCAGAACAACUAGACACAAGAACAGUUUUUUCCUGAAGGCCAUCACUCUGCUAAACAAAUAAUUCCAUCAACACUGUCAAACUAUUUACUAAAUCUGCACUACUAUUAAUCUUCUCAUCGUUCCCAUCACCAAUCUCUUUCCACUUAUGACUGUAUGACUGUAACUUUGUUGCUGGUAAUCCUUAUGAUUUAUAUUGAUAUAUUGACCAUCAUUUGUGUUGUAAAUGUUGUACCUUGAUGAAGGUAUCUUUUCUUUUAUGUACACUGAGAGCAUAUGCACCAAGACAAAUUCCUUGUGUGUCCAAUCACACUUGGCCAAUAAAAAAUUCUAUUCUAUUCUAUUCUAUUCUAUUCUAUUCUAUUCUAUUCUAUAUCUCCAUCUCUUCUAAAUUAUUGAUCAAAUCUGGGUUCAUCCAAGCCAUAUCUAUGUGAGACCAUGAGUUAUGUGGGUGGGAGAAGAAAGUAUAUGGUUUUUUUCUCUGGGUUCAAUUGUCUCCAUACAUCUCUUAAAUUUAACUCUUGCACCAUAUCAAAAAAAGUAUUUGGUAAUUUUCAUCUUCUGUAUUUAUUUUCCCUUGUAGUCCUAUAAUCAAUUUUAUUAUCUACCACAGCGUUAAAGUCCCCAAUUAUGCAAAUAUUUUCACCAUCUAAUAUCAUUAUUUUCCUAUGUAGUUUCUUGUAAAAAUUUUCUUGUUUUGUGUUUGGUGCAUAAAUUGUCACUAGAAGAAUUUUCUUAUCAUUUGUUAUUAUUUCCGAUAAAGAUUCUACCAUCCUUAUCACUAAAUAUUUUCCUAGACUUUAACCAAUCUUUUUUUUUAAUUUGCAUUUAUAUCACGCCCUUCUCCGAAGACUCAGGGCGGCUUACACUAUGUUAGCAAUAGUCUUCAUCCUAUUUGUAUAUUUAUAUACAAAGUCAACUUAUUGCCCCCAACAAUCUGGGUCCUCAUUUUACCUACCUUAUAAAGGAUGGAAGGCUGAGUCAACCUUGGGCCUGGUGGGACUAGAACCUGCAGUAAUUGCAAGCAGCUGCUGUUAAUAACAGACUGCAUUAGCAGUCUGAGCCACAGAGUCCCCUUUUAUAUAUACAGCAAUCCCUCUUUUUUUAUUCUGUGCCAGCGCCAAAUGUAAUUUCCCUAAUUCUGAACAUUUUAAAAGAUCACUGUGUUUUUCUUUAAUGUGUACCUCCUGGAGGCAAAUGAUAUCCGUCUUUUCUUUUUGAAAUCUUGAUAGUAUCUGUUUUCACUUGAUAGGUGAAUUGAUGCCAUUAAUAUUUAUUGAUAGCAUCUUUAUUUCAUUCUCCAUCCUAUUUAUUUGUCUAUUGUCUUAGUCCUCUCCUUGCUCUGUUCUCGGUCUGUAUUCUGGUUCUAGCUCCUUAUCUCACCUGAUGUUCUAUUUCCUUUUGCUCUCUUGUGUCUUGUGCCUUGGAUAUCUGGUCUUCCUGACUUUUACUUUCUCCUUCCUCUCUACUGUCUUGUUUAUCCUCCCCACUUAUAUAAUGAUCGUAAUUUAUUUAUUAAAUCUGCACUACACUACUAUUAAUCUUCUCAUUGUUCCCAUCACCCAUCUCCUUCCACUUAUAACUGUAACUUUGUUGCAUGUAUCCUUACAAUUUAUACUUAUAUCGAUUGUUUUCUGAUUGCUUAUUUGUAGCCUAUGACUAUCAUUAAGUGUUGUAUCAUUAAGUGUUAGAUUUGUACCCUAU